AUGACUAAUUUAAAUACUGAAAUAUCAGAAAUCCUUCCAUUAUUAUCACCUGAAGUUUCAUUUUCUUAUGGCUAUAUUUAUACUCUUCCUAAAAAACUAAAAUGGCCAUGGAUAACACCUAAAAAACCAAGUUCAGUUUUUCUUUCAAGUCAUUUUUUUUUUAUUAUACAUGAAGAUGCAUUGGCAUAUGCCGUUGAAGUUUUAAUCUUUUUUGCUUCAGAUAUAACUGUUUUUUAUGUCACUAAAGCGGACUCUACUGGUUUUUUUAAUAAAAAUCAAGCACCAUCACCUUUUAAACCUGCUACUUCUGCAUUUUUAUCUUAUCUACUAAAAAGAUUUUCAAAGAAAGACAUACCAUCACGAAUUUCUCUUUUUGCUAGAUCACAACCACAGUAUAUUUUUCCAUCAUCUUGUUCAAAUCCUCACAAACAUAUAUUAAAUGAUCGAGAAUUAAUUAGAUGGUGGGCAAAAGUGUUGGAUUGUACAAAAAAAAGCCAUCAACCGAAAAAAUACAUUUUAAUACCUGGAAUAGAUACCCGAGAAACACUUAGUUUUACUCCAAAUUAUACAAAUACCAGUUUAAAAUGGAUUUGCGGUCACCCAUAUCAAUCUGCAAAUAAACCUGCAAGAGAAAUUAUCCCACAUUUUCCAGAUGAUCCUAAAACUCGACUUCUUGAUCAAUUAGAUAUUGACGGACAAGGAGAAACAAUAAAUGUUGACCAGUUUUGGGAAUUAAUGGCAUUUCGUCAAGAAUGUACACUUGGUAGAAUUGUCGGUUUCUUAAAUAUAGAAUUUCCUCCAAGCAAAGACCAAGAAAAUAAAAAAGAUUCGAGUUUAAGCAAGGAUUUAAAUGAAGAAUGUGGUGUUCAAAUGAGUGAAAGGAUUUAUCGAAUGCAUUAUGAAAAGUUAUUGCGUUCUGAUUUUGAGACACUAGAAAAAACAAAAGGAGCAACUCUUGAUUGGAUUCACAGUAUAAAUAAUAUUAAAAGCACCAACAUUGUAACCAAUUGGAUGAAAACAGUUUCUGGUAGCAAAACUAUUGAAAACAAAAAAAGAAUUAAUGCAGAUGUUUUAGAACAAUCAAAAACCAUUAAUAUUCUUAACAAAAAUUUAGUCCGUAAAAAAAGUAAAAAAAAUAAGUGA